GGCUAAAGCUAGAAGCUUUCCUCUGCCGCCUGGGUCCCUUAAAAGCAGCAGAGCAAGCCCCGAGGAUCCCGGUGGAGUGGAGCCGGGAUGCGAGGCUGAUGGAGAUGGGGAAGGAGGUUCUCCGUGAGCCCUGCGGAGAAGGCUGGUGCUCUCCAGAGAAGUGUGACGGUAUCCUAUGAAUCCUAACCCAAGUGUCCAUUGAUGCAGAUCUUCCAGACAAACAUGAAACCAAACCCAAAAAGAAAUCACUGAAGGGGACAAAAGUGCAACAUGAGAGGUAGAAUGAAGAACCGGCCUUUUGAGAGUAGCUGCUGGGAGCUGUGACAAACCAAGAGACCAGAGGAUUACUACACAGCUCCUGCAGAUUCUCACCUAAGGCAUCAGGUCAGCCUUCAGCAAGCGUCUGCUGAGGCGUGGGUUCAGCAGCCAAGGAUGGAAGUGCUACGCCGUUCCUCAGUCUUUGCUGCAGAGGUGAUGGAGGUUUUUGACAGGUCUCCCACUGACAAGGAGCUUGUGUCCCAAGCCAAGGCUCUCUGCAGAGACUACAUAAAUUCGAGGCUAAUUCGAGCGGGUGUCAGCUGGAGCAAACCUGAGUACAACGCACCGGUGCCUGGUGGUAAGCUGGCCGAGGUGUCCACCAUACUGCUACGACUAGGGGAUGAGCUGGAAUACAUUCGCCCCAACGUCUACCGGAAUAUUGCCCGCCAAUUGAACAUCUCGCUGCACUCGGAGACGGUGGUGACGGACGCCUUCCUGGCAGUAGCUGCGCAGAUUUUCACUGCAGGCAUCACGUGGGGCAAGGUGGUGUCUCUCUAUGCUGUGGCAGCUGGGCUGGCGGUGGACUGCGUGCGGCAUGCACAGCCAGCCAUGGUUCACACCAUCGUAGACUGCCUGGGAGAGUUUGUCCGCAAGACUUUGGUGACAUGGCUGAAGAGGAGAGGAGGCUGGGCAGACAUCACAAAAUGCGUGGUGAAUACUGACCCCAGCCUUCGCUCCCACUGGCUCGUGGCCGCUGUUUGCAGCUUUGGUCACUUCCUCAAGGCUAUCUUCUUUGUCCUGCUGCCCGAGAGAUGAAUCGGAGUCGCCAAGUGCAGCCCCCCUACCCCAUCUCCUUCCCCGCUCCAGAAGCAGUGGUAAUGGCAAUCUCUGAAGAGGACGAAGAGAAGAACCGAGACAAACAAAAGGCUUGUUCUCCUCUCCCUUCAGCUGGGAGCAGAUGAUCAACCACAGUCUCCUUUUUUUUUUUUUUUUUUUUUUUUUUUGCGCAGCCACAGGAGCCUCUCUCACCAUUAAUCCUUUCAAGAGUUUCGUUUCCCCGGGUGACUCGUGUGUGUGGCCCGGUCAUUGCCAGUCCCUGGGCACGCUGACUGCAGCUGUGUGCAGUGUGGGCUGUCAGACCUCUGUUCCUCAUGGCUGUGUUGCAUGCUUAUCCUAGUGCCAGGCAGAGGGGAGGAGGAAGGGGAGAUUGUUUGAAAUGGGAUAGAAAAUAGGAGAGGGGGAGAGUCCCUCCUUUGCUCUGUGUUAUUCCCCUUUCGGUCCUCAGGCUCGCCUUGCGUCAGUUCUUGUUACAUUUGUACUUAAACUCCAUCUCCUUCUUGUACUUAACCCUGACUCGGUGGGCUCUGCCCACAGCGCGGUGGAGGGCAUAAUGCAGCUGUGGGUUUUUAGCGUGAUAAAACCAGACGUCCUGUCGUCGGAUGCUUCUCCCCGACACGUCUUGGAAAUCAGAGUGAGCGGCUGCGCGAGGGCAGGACUAGAGGGCAGGUGCAUGUGGUGAAGUUUGCAAGUGUAUUUCGUUGACCCCUCUUACUGCACUCACACGAGAGCGAGGGGCAACACCUUCAAGCGACAACUCGGGACUGAACUUCAUAAUGAAGAAAAAUGUUUUCUCCACUGAGAUUUCGUCAGAGCUAAGCAUGUAAGUAGGAAAGGCUGGGGGGCAUGGGCAGGAAUUAGGGGAACAGUAAAUGAACUGUCUGAUGUUGUGAAGGGGGAAAGCUGUGUCAAAAGUAACUGAUUUAUGUGUCUCCUUUAAUGUCUUCAGAAGUACAAUUCGCAGUCGUCUUUGUGGCAAACAAUAAAAGAAAAUAGGUGGUGUUCCAGUAUUGCCAAGGGUAUUUCAUUUAUUUCCAGAGUUUAAAAUUCCAAAAAAGGCCAGAGCAAUGCAGAGACAAACACUCAGGCCAUGCUAAAAAUACUUCAGUUUUUCCCCUGCUAGAACGUGUUAACAUGUUAAAACUACAACUCGCCCGGUUCAUGCUAGGAAUUUAACCCACGUUGUUACCGUGUCAGAAGCGUGCUGUUCUCACCCGCCGAAGUGGGGCCUCGCCACUGUCGGCAGGGGAAGGCUGUGCAGCCUCUUCUCCGCCAAAGCCGCUCGGGAGACGCCCUGCUCCGUGUCUUGCUCCCAAGAGCGUGGCAUCACAGAAAAACACUCUUCUGGAUUAAGAACAUGUGGCAUUACAGGAGUUUUUGCUGGGUUUUUGUUUUGUUUUUUCCAGAUUUCCCUCCCAUGCCCAGUGUUUAGAGGGGCUUUACCAUUUCCAUCCAGAAGUUACAAAUGGGUUUGAGAAUAAAGCAAAGCCUUUACUUUUUGGUUAUAUCUGUGUGACAGGUUUCUGCUAGCAGUUAGGAGUGCUGUGCUGUUGGUCAGACCGACAGAACCACCGGCAGAGGAUAUGGAAGUGGUUAUACCCUUGCCCAGUCCAGCUUUUAACUGGGCUAGCCUUUGGCACUUCUGCUGAUGACUUGACACGUGGGUACCGGACUCAGCUUUACCUGGACUACUACACCCGCAGUGAAGGGUCCGUUACCGGCUCACUCUCCUAGUAUUUUUUCAGUAGUAAUGUGGAGCAAAACCCCUUAAAAGCCAAUGUCCCCCAUCCCCAGUCCCCCAACAAAAAAACUCACCGAGAAGGAGAAAGCCUCCCGGUUCAUAUGGAAGCUGCGUGCUGCUUUUGGCAGCAUCUCGCAGACUUUGGCUACGCUCUUAAAAGUUGGGUGGAGGUUAUACCGAUGAAGUUCCCAGUGUGGAUGCAGCUGAUGGUACCCUGAGGUUGGUGCAUAUUUGUGUGUGUGUAAAGCUUGCAGCAGUUCCCCAAAUAAAACUAAAUUGCCAAAGGAAUAGGUUUUGGGGGUUUUUUUGUUGGUUUUUUUUUUUCUUCUUCUUCCUGACAUAAUUAUAUUGGCAUUAGGGGUUUUGCUGACACCUCUCCCACUUUGGAUUUUCUUCCUUAAAUUUCUUGAUAGAUCAGACUAUGGAAACUUAGACCAGGUAUAGCGUGCAUGGUGAACUAAGCUAACCGCGCUUUGAGCAGCGCAGAGAGGAUCCCCUCUGAUCUGCCACGCACACAGUAAAAGCAGGGUAAGUUCAUCGCAGGGGGAUGCAGCUUCAUUGUCUUAAAGGAGCUUAUGAAAAACUAGCCUGGGUUUCUGGAAAUACCCCGGUUGUGCGCAGACUUUGACUCGGAGAGUUUCACAGCUCGUGCAGUCCAGCUUGCCUUAUCGUGCCUAGUGUUUGAUGAAGUGGAUGUGAGGUAAUGGUGCUAGCGGUCCAACACUGGCGCUGUCAAGACCUUUCUCAAUUUAGAUGCUGUUUGGAAAUGUAAUACUUAAGGCUAUGACUGCUUUUUCAGUAAACAAGUGAUAUCAGAAGGACUAUUAAGGGACAUAAAGAGUUAAAUUCACCAAUUAAGUGGGUUUAAUGAAAAGAUAAUGAUAAGCCAAGUAAAGCAGCAUUGCUGGAAAGGAAUGUGUGUGGGUGGGAAGGGGCUUAGAGAGGCAGGCAGACAAAGACUCUGUCUGGAAACUGCUGAUAAGGUGGUGAAGCUCCCCACAAACAGGUUUCAGACUUCUCUGGCUUUUGUCUGCCUUCUUGCAUUUGCUAGUCCCCACAACGUACAUCCCGGAGCGGAACGGUGUGCUGCUGUUCUACUUGGUGUUAAUCCGGGAUGAAUCUUUUACCGUGCUCACUCCUCCUGCAGUAACCACAUCGGCACCCGUCUUGCUACCAAAAUAAACAGCACACAGGAUCGCGCGCACCGCUGUGCGUUUGGGAAACAACAGUCUUGAGCCUGAUUCAGCCAAAUAUUUGUGUUGCGUUCAGUUUUAGUUGUACUAUUUAGGCAUUUCGGAGCACUUAUGGAGGUCCUCUACAAUCUCAGCAGUUCUGUGACUCUGUGAUUUUUCUUUUCCCUCUUCUCUUGUGGCCAGUCCUACCUGAUGGAACACAUCAGGGUCGGUUGUUUAUCACCACAGUAAACAUUUUCCUUUGAUAUGAUUGGUGAAAGUCCUAGGAGUGUGUCUAAUUUAUUUAGCUGUUAACCAAGAACAUACGUGCCAAGGUUAGUACUAUUACACUUCUUCAUAUUGAAGCCAGGUGGUUGUUCCUCUUCCAGCAUCAAAACCUGAAACCCCCAAACUAGCCAUCCCACGUUUUCCCCCCAAUGUUUCCAAUUAGCUGCUUGAGAAAAUUUGCUUGUAGCGAAAGUUGCUUUUUUUUAUUAAGCUGUUUUGCUCACAUUGAAUGUUCUGACUGAGACUUACCUACGCACGACGUGCCCUGAGGGGUUGCUCCACGUCUGCAGUCACCUUUCAGUCCACUGCCCAGUUUCAUUCCCUUUUGCUGAAGGGCAGCAGUCACCAACGGCAGGGACAGACCCUCUUUUAGCGCCGGGAAACGCGGCUGCCAUUCACCCCGUCAGGCAGCAGUCACUCGGCACAUGUAAAACCCAGCCAAGCCUUGCGGUGGCACCGGGACGGCUGGGGACACGGGGGAAGGUGUGGCGCUGGCAGUGGGGCCGGCUGGAGAUGUGGGAGAUGCCCCCGGGAGGAGGGAGAAAGGGUUGGAGAUGGGGAAAUGGCGUCUUAAGUAUUUUAGUAGAUGCAGAGUAUUUUGCAGACAGGAGCGGCUGUGCGUUAUUACAGCAGGGAAUGUCAAGGUCAGCGAGUUGAGCCUGGAGGAACCUGAGCUUCAGCACUGCUUUGUUCACAGAAGAACUUGCUCCAGUAAGGUUUAUGCCACCCCCUCUGGCGCCGUCUUCGUUCUCAGUUUCUUUGUAAUAGACCUACGUUCAGUCAACGGAAAUACUUGCUUUAUCAAAAAGGUAGGGAGCAGAAAAGCCGUCUUGGCGUGGGUACUUCGAUGACGAGCGUUUGAGCAACGCUUGUCGUGUCCUAGACAUGACAUUGCUUCAACUGCGGCCUUACUUAUACCUUGCCCUUGUCAAACACUGGCGGUAGCUUCACCUUCUUCAAAGCAACUAGAGAGACUGAAGUGGUCUCAGUCUCGGACCAGAUGUCACUUGUGUUCCUGCAUUGCUUUUUCUCCUGUAAAUGGAAAGAAAACAAUCUGUGAAGCCCUUAAUUUAUCAGACUUGCGUCUGUAUUAUAUACUGAAGCACAGAACAAUAGCGUCAGCGAGUGACAUUGAG